CGUAGAAAGGAAGAAAGAAAGAGAGAGGGUGCUUUGCUUUUUCUGGACGCGCAUCACAGAAAGAAACAAGCAAAGGAAAGCAAAAGUCCGAGGUCGGAUUUUUUCCAAAUCCAAGAAAUUUCGUGUUUUUCGCUUGUUCCGGACUUCCGGCCGUGCUGGGCCUGUUCGCGAGUGUCGAUUGAUUGUGUUUCGUGUGUGAUUGGAAGAAUUUCAGCGAGUUCGAGGGGGGAAAAUCUGUGUUUUUGUCGCGGAAAAUGUCUUCGUCUUCUCAUCAUCCGUUUGGUCAUCUGAACCACAACAAUAACAACAGCAACAGCCUGGGCGGAGGAAUCUCCUCCGUAAAUCACAAUAAUCUGCAGCCCCAGAUCAAUCUCUCCUCGGGCUUCGAAGACUUUGACGAUGUGGACAACGAGCAGACCCAGCAGCAGCAGGAACUUCUGUUCGACGACGAUGACAACAUGGACGAUAGCGAUCAAGAUACGGAGGAGGCAAGCGAGACGGAGUUGGGCUCCAGCGGAAACCAUCGGAACAUUGACGAGCCGAUCGAGAUCAAAGAACAAAUGUACCAGGACAAGUUGGCAUCGCUGAAGAAACAGCUGGACGAGCUGCGCGCCGGAACCCACCCGGAGUACGUCCGCCGGGUGAAGAAGCUGGAGCACCAGUACAACGAGCGGAUUCGGCUGAACGAGAUCUACCGGGAGUAUUUGAUCAGUUGCGUUGAGCGCGACUACAUCCUGGAGAAGAAUGCCGCCGUCAAGGAGUACGAAGAGAAGAAGAACGACCUGCAGGAGAAUCUGGUGACGGACUUCGAGGACCGUAGGAAGAUGAUCGAGAGCGAACGAGCCACGAUGGAAUUGACGGGAGAUUCGAUCGAUGUUAAACCGACGGUUACGAGGAAGCUUCGACGUCGACCUAAUGAACCGCUUCCGGUUCCGGAGAAACGCCGAAAGCCGACUACUGGGCAGUUGGUUCUUUUGCUGGACGAGAAGGAAGUCGAGAACGAUCUCAAACUGAUCAGCCGUUGCAAAGCGAUUCAUUCCAUCCGGAACCAUACGAACAGCACAUCCACUGCCGGAAACGGAAGCUCUGGUCAGAAUGCCAACAGCGCUCCGUUGACCAACUUGGCCAGCCCGGUCAAUAGCUAUCCGAUGAACAGCAGUAGCCAGAUCUCCACAACCGGUGGCAUCGCUUCCAGCUCCAAUGACAUCACCAUGGCCGCUCUUCCCACCUCAACCCUGGCUGCCAUCAAUCCAAAUAACACUCCGUCAGGACCGCUCGCUUCCUCGGGAAGCGCUAGCCACAGUCUGAACCAAACUCAGCAGCAGCCACAGCCGCAACAACCACCACAGCCUCCGCAGCAGCAGCAGCAACCUCCUCCGCAAUCCGGCAGCCAACAGCAGUCAUCAAACUCGAACCAGCCUCAGCAAGCGGCCCCACAGCUUCCCCAGCAGUCCCAACAACCCCAGCAGCAACCCCCUCAACAACAGCCGCUGGUCGAAACCAAGAUCGAGGACGGGAAGCUGCUGUACGAGCGCCGCUGGUUCCACCGGGGCCAACCGGUCUACGUCGAGGGCAAGGACAUUCCGCGCUUCUCGGCCAACAUCUCCGCCAUCGGCAGCGAAGCCAUCUGGGUCAAGAAGACGUCCGACGGCCAGAAGGUGCGCAUCUUCACCAACCAGCUCAGUCGCGGCAAGGUCUCCAUCAAGCGGCGCGCCAAUUGAGGAAACAAGGAUCUCAACUCUCGAGCGAGUGAUUUUAGUUUUUUACCCCCUUUCUUACGUCCGUAAUUCGAGUGAUUUGAAGAGAGACACCCACACCAGAACAUUUUCUCCGUAUUUUUUAAGUUAAGAGCACAACCGAGAUAUCUUUGAAUGGACAAAUUUCUAUCUCAUCUAAUUAGCAUCAAACACAAAACUGGAAUUGGCCCCCAACCGUGUGGGAAUGAAGAGAAUGAAGCUUUGCCGUGUCGAUGGUUUAGUAUUAGUAUCAUCCUAUGGAAUAACUAUGUUUUACAAUUGUACCUAAGAA